AUGCGCGAGGCUUUCCAGGUAUUAGAUCGUGAUAACGAUGGCCAAGUAAACAGGGAAGAUGUAGCCGAUGCUUUAAACAACCUUGGCGAAGAUUCGUCUUCUUUGGCAACAGGCGCAUACUUUCCGCCAAACGGCCCGCGAUCCAUCAACCUUCCAACGUACUUAAACCAGAUCGCUACCCAUCUAGCACCACUAUCGUCUUCUCAAGAGCUCCUUAACGCCUUUGCAGCAUUUGACGAAGACGACAGUGGUCAGAUUGACCUGGCAGAGCUUCGAGAUGCUUUACUCCACACCAGCCCCGAAGGAGACGAGAGACCGUUGACAGAGAGCGAAAUAAACGAAGUCAUACAGGGAUUUACCGGCAGACGCGCAUUUGGUAAUAAAGGGAAAACUUCCUCUCUUACGGGGUCGAGAAGUCGAGCCGAAGUGUUCAGGUAUGAGGAGUUUGUUGGAAGUUUAACUGGUGGCCCGGGAGACCCAAAGGCAGACAAAUCAAAAUCGAAGGAAAGCUGA